AUGACUAGCGAACGAGAAGUCGUGGCCAUUGCGGGGGUGCUGCACCCCACAGUCAACCAAGAGUCCGGACCGCUCGUCCGCUUCAUGGUCGGAAGGGGAGCCAUGCCCCACGAACAGCACGUCGCCACGACGGCUGACGUCGAAAAGGGCGUCAUUCCACAGCUGCAGGGCGUGAUACCGCCCCAGCGGGACGAGGAACAACUGGCCGCUCAAGAUCACGCCCCAGAUUCGGUUCGCCGCCCUUCAAUUGCCUUGGAUGCCACCAAGAGCUGGUACAAAGCUUUUGAGGAAACACUCGUGGAAUACAACCUCGAGGCACGCGGCAUACAGCGGGUGGAGCCAGAGGAGCGGCACGACCUCCGCUCCUUAGGCUACUCGCAGAUCGCGAUCCUGUGGUUCUCGGUCAAUUUAGCAGCCAACAACAUCACACUUGGCAUGCUUGGACCCGCGGUUUACUACCUUGGCUUCACUGAUAGCUGCCUGUGUGCCGUUUUUGGUAUGCUCCUGGGGUGCCUUGGUGUCGCCUACGCCGCCACCUUUGGCCCGCGUUCCGGGAACAGGACGAUGAUCUUUUCACGCUAUACUAUGGGCUGGUAUCCGUCUAAGAUCGUGGUGCUGCUAAACAUCAUCGUCCUCCUUGGUUACGCCAUGAUCGACUGCGUGGUUGCGGGGCAGAUCCUCUCAGCUGUAUCUACCAACAGCAUGUCCGUCGUGGUAGGGAUCGUUAUUGUGGCCCUGAUUACCUGGGGUAUUACUACAUUCGGUUACUCUGUCUUCCACAUGUAUGAGCGCUACGCCUGGCUGCCCCAGCUCAUGAUCAUCUGCAUCCUAGCUGGUGUUGCCGGCCCCAACUUUGACACCACAACCCCUUCCUCGGCUGGCGAUGCACGUACGCUUGCAGGGAACCGGCUUUCCUUCUUCUCGCUCUGCCUUGCAGCUGCAAUUACGUAUGGCGGGGGUGCUGCGGACUAUUUUGUUUACUACCCGUCGUCCACGCCCUCGUGGAAGGUCUUCGCUGUAACCAUGGUUGGUCUGUCCGCCAGUUUUACCUUCGCAUUCAUCGUCGGGAUCGGGCUAGCCUCGGGCAUGGCUGCCAAUCCAAGCUGGGAGGCUGCAUAUGGGACCUCGCAAGGCGCCCUCAUUGUAGAAGGGUUCGCGCCAUUGGGUGAUUUCGGCAAGUUCUGCGGUGUCAUUGUCGCCCUCGGGCUUAUCGCCAAUCUCAUCGUGCCGACUUACUCCUCCGGCGUUGACUUUCAAAUCCUUGGCCGCUGGUGCGCACGGGUGCCGCGCGUCGCCUGGAACACGAUUGGCGUCGUCAUCUAUACCGUCUGUGCUGCAGCGGGACGCGCUCACCUGGCUGAGAUCUUCACCAACUUCCUCGCGCUGAUGGGGUAUUGGGUGUGCAUCUGGCUAGCCAUCACGCUCGAGGAGCAUCUGCUUUUCCGGCGCAACGUGGGACGGACCUGGGACUGGGCGCGCUGGGACGAGAAAAAACACCUGCCACUGGGCAUUGCAGCGCUGAUAGCUUUCUUGGUGGGAUGGGCGGGUGCUAUCCUGUCCAUGGCACAAGUUUGGUAUAUUGGGCCAAUUGCCAAGACAGUUGGCGAUUAUGGGGCUGACAUGGGCAACUAUGUGGGUUUCGCAUGGGCUGCGCUCGUAUUUCCGCCGCUGAGGUGGUGGGAGAUCAAGAGGUUCGGGCGGUAG